UUCAAGCAUAAUAAUUUACUUCAUUCAUAUAACACAUAUAAUAAUUAAUAACAUAAUUGUUAAAAAAGGUAAGAUUGAUCCUACCAGCUUACCAAAAACCUCACCUACUAUACUCACUAUCAUGGGAGUGACAAGUCCAAAAACCUACCAACCUUGUCACAACUACCUACUUUUCAUGACCGUAAGGCCUAAAUAAGUACAUCUUAAAAUAAUUUAAAACUUCAUAUAAAGCAUAAACAAGCAGCAUAAACACCAAAAAAAAGCCUAACUAUGUUGUAUCAACUGCCUUGCACCUACUGUCGUGCGUCCUUAUGGCAUCUCCUCUCCAUACAACAAAGGAAAACCGUUGAAGUAGGCAUUCAUAUCCUUGUUAAGCCAUGCACAGAGGUCACGACCAUUGUUGUACAACACAUCCUUGAGGACCCAUUCUUGAAUUGCUGCCCUAGGACCACAUCCUCUAUUUCUUGCAGGUUUGCUCGAUGUCAGUCUUCCCAAGGUAGUCCACCUUAGGGAAAAUGUGGGUGACCAGAACUUUGUGUUGGCUCAUCAGUGGGUGGGCAUCAGAAAGAGUGUCCACACCUAGGUAAGGUCAACAACUCCAUCAGAAAUAUUUGUGAAAUGGGUACAAAAUUACAAACUAAACACUAAACACUAACUGUUGGUUUAACUAACAAAAUAAUUAUCAUAUAAUCCAAGUAUUUUUAAUUAUUCAACUAAGCAUAGCAACCUAAAACCACUUUCAUCAUCGCAAAAAGCCACUUUGAACAUCAUAAAAUAAGCCAAAAAAUACUCCACUUUUAGCAAAAUAAGACAACCUUUCACUUUUCAUGUGAAACACAACAGACCUUUUGUAGUAAAGCAAAAAAACUGUAAAGAAACCCAACUUUACCUAGAAAAAACCAACUUCAUUAAAUUUACUCAAAUCGACAAAAAUAGAGAAUGCACCUUCAGCAAAAGUCAAUUUGGCUGCUUUGCUAGCGUAUCCUUCAACAAGGUUGCAAUUAGGCCACAUGAAAAUUAAUGGCGAGCUCUGUUUCUUCUCUUACUCAAUUUUAUUUAUUUAUUUUUUUUAUGAAAAUUCUACAUCAUAAUCCUCUAGUUUUGCAUUUUCUACGUUGUGUCUUAUAUUUUUGAAAGUUACACAUUAUAACCUUCAGAUGUAAUUAGUAACCAUGAAGUGACCUUUUCGUUAUCCCGUCGUUAACAAAUUUCGUUAUUGUUUUAAUCACCAUUAGUAGGACCCACACUCCACUAAUUAAUAUUUUUGUCACUUUGCGUGUGAAUAAUGUUUUGUAUUGUUAAAGGUUUUGGUGGCCAUUUUGGUCCUUUUGGAACCAAAUUGAUCUUAAAUUUGACAAAAAUAACGUAAACGUCUCGUUUUGUGUAUUAAUAGAUGUCUUGAUUUGUGUGUCAUUGUUUUUUAGUAGUGGAAAUUGUUCAGGUAAGGUAUCAAAGUUUGUUUAAUAGUUCCAAAUUAAGUUCAAUUUUUUUUUAAAAAAAGUAAUGUCUAAUGUCUCAUAAAGCGUGUUAAGAAAUAAUGCAAUUGACAUGUAAAACGAGACAAUUACAUUAUUUUUUUGUCGAUUUUGAGCUCAAUUUGAUUCUUAAAGAACUAAAAUGACUUUAAUACUUAGUUGAACAAUUUUUCGGCUAAAAAAAUAGUAACACGUAAAUCGAGAUAUUUUUAAUAUGCAAAACGAGACAUUUACGUUAUUUUUUCGCAAAUUUAAGCUCAAUUUGGAACCAGAAGGCCUAAACGGUCUGUAAAUCUCAACUAAACAUUUUUCAUCACGUAAAUCGAUAAAAAAUAUUAAUUAGUGGAGAGUAGGCUCCACUAACGCUGAUUAAAACAACAUAACGGAAUUUAUUAACGGCGUGAUCACGAUCGCCAUAUGAUUACUAAUUAUACCUGGGAGUUACAAUGCGUAACUUUUAAACAAAAUAAGCACAAAAUUAGAAAACGCAAAAUUAGAGGACUGUAAUAGAGAAAUUCUGUUUUUUUUUUUUCUUUUUCUUUUUUGAGUUGUGUAAAUGAUGAAGUACAAGUGAUGAAGUUCAAGCCAGCUGAGAGUGAAUCCUGAUCAUUGGUUUUCCCGCGCUAUUUGCUCUGUUUUGGGAGAAGUGAAGCCUCAGGUGAAACAGUUGUAUUCGUAUUACUUUUUUUUUUUUUAUUAAAAAAAAUUCACUUGCUAGUUACCGCUUGUAGCAAGUAAACCACCGGAAAAGUACACUCAGGCCGGCUACAGUACAAAAUUUGCGUGCCGAAUUCGCAGCAAUCUUCAAAGUUAGAGAGAGAAAAUGGCGGAAGAAGCAGGACAUUCCCAGAGAAAUGAACGACGCGUAGGGUUAGUCUACGAUGAACGAAUGUGCAAGCAUGCUACUCCUGAUGGUGCUGAUCAUCCUGAAUGUCCUGAUCGAAUUAGGGUUAUCUGGAACAAACUUUGCAAUUCCGGUUUCACUGAUAGGUGUGUUGUUCUUGAUGGUAAGGAAGCAGAAGAUAAAUACAUAAAAUCUGUUCACUCCAAAACACAUCUUGAACUGAUUCGCAAAAUCAGUUCGAAGCGGUUCGAUUCUCAAAGAGAUGGAAUUGCUUCUCAAUAUAAUUCCAUUUACUUCAACAAAGGUUCGUCUCAAGCUGCUUAUCUAGCAGCAGGGGCUGUUAUAGAGGCGGCAGAGAAAGUAGCCAAAGGGGAGCUAGAUUCUGCUUUUGCGAUUGUGAGGCCUCCUGGACAUCAUGCUGAGGAAAAUGAGCCCAUGGGUUUUUGUCUGUUCAAUAAUGUGGCUGUUGCAGCUAGUUAUCUGCUGAAUGAAAGAGCAGAAUUGGGCAUUCACAGAAUCUUGAUUGUUGAUUGGGAUGUUCAUCAUGGCAAUGCCACUCAGAAAAUGUUUUGGAAGGAUUCUCGUGUUCUUUUCUUCUCAGUACACAGGCAUGACUUUGGAUGUUUUUAUCCUGGAACCAAGGAUGGCGAUCUUAGUAUGAUUGGAGAAGGACCAGGGAAGGGAUACAACAUUAAUGUGCCCUGGGAACAAGGUCGAUGUGGUGAUCCAGACUAUUUUGCUGCUUGGGACCACAUAUUGAUCCCUGUUGCUAAAGAAUUCAAUCCAGACAUGAUUAUAGUUUCUGCCGGGUUUGAUGCAGCUGUUCGUGAUCCUCUUGGCGGUUGCUGUAUUUCUCCAUAUGGCUAUUCUGUUUUGCUGAGAAAGUUAAUGGAUUUUGCCCAGGGUAAAAUUUUACUAACUUUGGAAGGCGGGUAUAAUCUUGAAUCUUUGGCAAACUCUGCUCAUGCAUGUGUGCAAGUAUUGUUAGAAGAAAAGCCAAUCGAUGGAUCUUCUGAGGCUUAUCCACUUGAAUCAACAUGGCGCGUCAUAGAAAAUGUUCGGCAAAAAUUGAGUGUGUAUUGGCCAAGCCUCGCCAAUAAAUUACCAAAAAGGCUAACAAGCCAGAAGGCGCUUGCAUCUCAGGUACUGGAUGGGAGGCCCAAGGAUUUUAAGGAGGCCGAGGAAAGAGUUUAAGAAGCUAAGAACUUUGAUGUGCCUUCGACUUCGGCUGGAAACUCCUUCAAGACCUUUCAGUCCUCUGAGAUGGGGUUUGAGUCUGCCCCACUAUUGGCUGUUCCAGAUGCUACGAGGAACGCUCUCCUCUCUCAUCGAGCCUCAGCAAUUGAGUACUUCGGUGACUUGACUGGCCUCUCCGAAUUGGAGAAGGCGAAGGUCUGGUCCCUUUGGGCCGUAGCUGGAGUGUCCGAGCCCUUUGCUAGAGUUCCAGACCCAUUUGUUGAGAACCAGAAGUUGCUGACGCAGGUCGUUUAUAACAAUGUCAUGGCUAUGGAAAUGAACAAGGAGUUGAAGGUCAAAGCUGAAAAGGCCGCUCUGGUCGAGGCUAAAGCUAAGCAGAGGCAGUCUGAGCUAGUGGCUGAGCUUCGACAACUGAGGGAUCGAUUGGAAGCCAGAAAUGCAGAGUUUUACAAGGCCCAAGUCGAGCUAGAGGGAGUCAAGAGCCAGCUGGUAGUGCAGACUGAUGAAGGUGCUAAGGCUCAGACUGAACUUGAGGCUGCCCCAGAAGCUGCUGCAAGUCAGAAUCUAUACCCAAGAUCAGUACAAUGAGGGUUUUGAGAAUGGCUUUAAGGUAGCUCGGCGCCUGGCCUUUCAUGUUGAUCCAAGCAUCAACUGGGAUGUAGCUGAAGAGUGGUCAAUGGAACCCGGCCACCCAAAUUUGUACGUAGCCCACGAUGCUGAGGUUGCUUUCCUCAAUCAUCUGGCGGAAGCCGAGGCUCGGGAUGAGAGGGAAGCUGAAGAAGCCAAAAAGAAAGAACCUCAUCCUACUUCUUCCUAAUUAGUCGGUGCUGGAGGUUCCAAGGGCCCCAGUGCUGCUGAUGAUGAAGCAUAGGGAUUUGGGCAGUCGUCUUCAGAGUCAUGCGGAUCCACUUGUGAUUAACUGCCAUUUCUGCCACAUUUGCUUUUGCCUUGAUUUUUGCUUCAACUUGCCAUGAAUUGUACAAACUUUAUUUUUUGCUUACUUUGUACUUAGUUCGGCAGCUGUGUUUUUCUCUUGUGUGCGGCUAGGGGUGGACUUCGGUCUGACGGUUCGGUUUGACCUCGGUUUGAGUCGGUUUCGGUUUGGAGCGGUUCGGAUUGAAACGAUUUUAUUUAGCUGACAGGUUCGGUUCGGUUUGGGUUAGUCACGGGUUGGUUUGGUUUCAGUUUAUUUCUUUACGGUUUAAAUUCGGUUUGGGUCAUAAGCAGGUCGGUUUAUAAACGAUUCGGAUCAUGCCGGUUCGGUUUGAUAGGGUCGGUUUAGGGGGCGGGUUUACCCGAGUCGAUGUCAGUUCGGUUUACAAACGGUUUGGAUCAUGCCG